AAGAACAAAAGAAACACAAAUUCAGUUACAGUAGUGGUACGGUAGCCAUGGAUAUGGCACUCUCACUUCCCACUUCCAAUUCUUCAAUAAACUCACUUUUUCCUCAAACCCAGUACCACUCUCCAUUCAAAGCUUUCAACUUCGGUGCAAAUUGUUGUUAUUACCGUUCAGUUCAAGUUAAUGCCACAAAAACAAAAAGAAAGCCAAGGCCAAGCUUUCAUGAACAAAUUCGAGAUAAAUGGUCCCUUAAAGUUCCUUCAACCAGAGAUAAAUUUCCAUGGCAGGAAUCCAAUCAACAGAAUUUACCAGAGGAAGAUGAAGAAGAAAUAAAAACGCACGAGCUUCAUGGGAAUGUUUUAUCUAAACCUGAAAAAGAUGGCAGUCCAAUUGUCAGCGGCGGUGAUGAUACAGUGAGUGUUAGCUCACCAAAUUAUGUAAAUAAAGCUCCUUGGAUGCAUGGGAAGAUACCCAAAAGAAUUAGUAUUAGUUCUCAGACUGUAGUUGGAGAAAUUGUUGAUGAUGCUGUAGAUGCUGAUAGUGUACAAAGGGUAGUUAAGGAAGUGGAUUUUGAUGAGGAAUUUAAGGGUUCAAAAGGUGGAGUUGGUGAUGGUGAUGGUGAUGGUGCUGGUGCUGGUGCUGGUGUUUCAGUUCAGCUAGACAAGGAUAAGGAAAUUGUCCGAACUAAGUGGUCCGAUAAUUCCUUGGUUAUAAAUGAGAAAAAGUUCAGUUCAGCUGGACUGCCGUGGCAGAAGCAGAGGAAUGUGGAGUCUGUGGAAGGUGAUUGGAGGAGGAAGAGAAGCAACACGGAGUUGGCUGAGAGAAUUCUGGCUGAGCAUGAGCUGAAGAGGCUGAGAAAUGUUGCCUUGAGGAUGUUUGAGAGGAUAAAAGUGGGGAAGGCAGGCAUUACUCAGGAUUUGGUGGAUGAAAUUCAUGAGAAGUGGCGGUUGAAUGAGGUGGUGAAGUUGAAAUUUGAAGAUGCUCUUUCUUGUAAUAUGACAAGGACACAUGAAAUGUUGGAGAGUAGAACUGGAGGUUUGAUUAUAUGGAGAUCAGGGAGUUCAGUUGUGUUAUACAGAGGAAUAUCCUACAAUUUACAAUGUGUACAAUCAUUUCCGAAGAAAAACAAGGCCGGUAAGGAUGCUGGCUUGCAUCCGGAAGCAUUUACAAGUAAUUCUCCGCAUAAUCAAGGAGUAAAGCACUUCAAUGGAACUACAGAAUCAUAUUUACCUAAUCAAGCCAAGUAUUUGGAAGAUCUAUCUCAAGAAGAAAGCACGGAUUUCACUGAACUCGAUCAGUUAUUGAAUGAGCUGGGUCCCAGGUUUAAUGAUUGGUGUGGCCGUGAGCCAUUGCCUGUUGAUGCAGAUUUGCUUCCUGCGGUGGAUCCUGAAUAUAAACCUCCAUUUAGAUUUCUACCGUACGGAGUAAGACGUUGUCUAACAAACAGAGAGAUGACUGAUUUCCGUAGAAUUGCAAGAAGAUUGCCUCCGCAUUUUGCCCUUGGAAGGAGCAGGCAAUUGCAAGGUUUGGCAAGAGCUAUGGUGAAAUUAUGGGAAAGAAGUGCUAUCGCAAAGAUAGCUAUAAAACGUGGUGUGCAGAAUACACAUAAUGAGAGAAUGGCAGAAGAACUCAAGGUAUUCACAGGAGGAGUACUAGUAUCUAGAAACAAGGAGUACAUUGUAUUAUACAGGGGAAAUGAUUUCUUGCCGCCUGCUGUUUUGGAGAUCCUGAAAGAAAGGAAAAAAUUAUCAUAUCUCAAACAAGAAGAGGAAGAGGAAGCCCGGAACAUGGCCCUGGCUUCUGUUGUAUCAAGCACAAGAACUUCAAAAGGUCCACUAGUUGCUGGAACUCUUGCUGAAACAGUGGCAGCGACCUCUCGCUGGAGGGACCACCAAAAUAGCCAAGAUACAGAUGAAAUGAUGAGAGAAGCAGUUUUGGCUAAACUUGCUUUAUCAAUUAAACAGCUUCAGAAUAAACUAGGUCAUGCAAAAGGGAAACUCAAGGUGGCUGAGAAAGCUUUAGCAAAGUUAUAUGAACGUACAGAUCCAUCAGAGCUCCCAACUGAUUUGGAAACAAUAAGUGACGAGGAGAGAUUCUUGUUUCGCAAGAUUGGUCUUAGCAUGAAACCCUACUUUUUCCUAGGAAAGAGAGGGGUCUACGGCGGUACAAUAGAAAACAUACACUUACAUUGGAAAUAUCGUGAAUUGGUAAAAGUUAUUGCGAAAAGAAAAAGUUUUGCACAAAUCAAGCAUAUUGCAAUUGAUUUAGAGGCCGAGAGUGGCGGAAUAUUAGUCUCUAUAGAAAGAACAACCAAAGGCUAUGCGAUCAUUAUCUAUCGUGGAAAGAAUUAUUUACGUCCUCAAAAGAUGAGGCCCCAAAAUUUAUUGACGAAACGACAGGCAUUGGCCCGGUCAGUUGAACUUCAGAGGCGCGAGGCAAUGAAGCAUUAUAUAUCAGAAUUGCAGGAGAGGAUUCGGUUGCUGACUCUGGAGUUUGAAGAAAUGGAAUUGGGCAAGAAGGUUAAUGCAGAUAGAAUGAGCUCAAUAUUGGAGUAUUCAUCUGCUUCUGAUAGUGAAGUUGAAGAGGAAGGAGCAGAGGCAUAUCUUGAAGAUUAUGACAGCAGCAAUGAGAACACUAAUGAGGAGAACUAACAUGCAAGAAAUUCUAAUUGUCAAUGUCUGCAAUAGGUACUAUGAUCUUUUAGUGCAGCCAUUAUCGAUGAAGUUUACAAUAAUAAGAACAUUUCCGAAAGGCUGCAUUCUAGAGUGGAAAAACAUCAUUCAUUGCUUAUUAUAUGAUUAUUAUAAUUUUAUUUAUUUUAAAUUCACAUUCUUAAUAAAAUUUGAAUUUCUA